CAAAAACUAGAUCUAUUCCAGCUUUAACAGCUUUUCUAAAUGACAUAAAUUGCAAUACUGAUCCUCUUGUACGUAUAAGAAGUAGUGCGAAAAUUCGCGUACAAGUUGAAUCAGUAAAGUGCAGGAAAACUAUUAAGGGCAAAAAGAACGAUCCUCAUACAAUUCCAGCAUGUAAAGUUCGGGCAGUUGGCAAAAAAGCGUACAGCCUUAAUAAAUAUCUUGCGAUGAUUAAUGUUAAGGAGGAUGAUCCAGACGAUUUAAUAGCCAGUGAAAGCUUUUUGUAA